AUGGAUGACUCCAUGAUGGAUGAUGACAUCUUUGAUGUCGAGAGCGAUGGUGGCAGCUCCGACUUUGUUCCCGAGCCUGCACCGAAACCCAAGGCCAAAGCGGCACCAAAGAAGGCAGCCCCUGCCAAACUGGCAGCCAAGAAGCAAACAACACUGAAAGCCCAGGCCAAGAAGAAAGCGCCAGCCGAUAGUGAAGAUGACAUGUCUGACGUGCAAGUGUCCGAUGACGACGAUUCGCUACUUUCACACACCCCGCCCAAAUCGAAAAAGACAACUGUGCCCAAACGUGCAGGCUCAAAGCCCCUUGGCGAUGUCGAAAACGAAUCUCACGGCGAUGGAGCUGCGAACGGUCCCUCCAAAGGUGGCAACGCCGACAAAUAUCAGAAGCUUACCCAACUUGAGCACAUAAUCAAGCGCCCUGACACCUAUAUCGGUUCAGUUGAGGCAACCCAGCAGCAAAUGUGGGUCUUCAACUCCGAGACAGAUUCCAUGGAAUUUCGUACGGUUUCCUUCGUGCCCGGUCUCUACAAGAUUUUCGAUGAAAUUGUGGUCAACGCCGCCGACAACAAGCACAAUGACAAAGGCAUGAGUGAAAUCAGGGUCACAAUCGACCGCGAGAAGGGUGAAAUUAGCGUGUGGAACAACGGACGUGGUAUUCCAGUCGAGAUUCACUCCAAGGAAAAGAUCUAUGUUCCAGAACUGAUUUUCGGACACCUGCUUACAUCGUCUAACUAUGAUGAUACCCAGCAGAAAGUUACCGGUGGUCGAAACGGUUUCGGUGCCAAGCUUUGCAACGUCUUUUCGACCGAAUUCACCAUCGAGACUCAAGACACGCACCAGAAAAAGAAAUACAAGCAAACAUGGACAAACAACAUGACGAAGAUGGGCGCGGCGAAGAUCACGGCCAUCAAGGGGACUACGGAUUAUACUCAGGUCACGUUCAAGCCUGAUUUCGCCAAGUUCGGGAUGGAAGGCAUGGACGAUGACUUCGAGGCUCUUGUCAAGCGACGUGUUUAUGAUUUGGCGGGUACAUCAGGUGUUACCGUCAAGCUGAACAACACGCGCAUCCCAAUUCGAAACUUCAAGAAGUACAUGGAGAUGUACACAAAAGCCAUCCGUCGCGAACGCGGCGACGAAGGUCCAGCCCCCAAGGACGAAAUCCUCACUUGCAGCCCCGACCCACGAUGGGAGAUUGGUUUUGCCGUUUCGGACGGCGCUUUCCAGCAGGUCUCAUUCGUCAAUUCUAUUGCGACAACAUCCGGCGGAACCCAUGUCAAUUACAUUGCUGAUCAAAUCUGCAAUCGUCUUGCUGAUCAGGUCAAGAAGAAGAACAAGACUGGUGCGACUUUGAAGCCGGCUCAAAUUCGCAACCAUAUUUUCAUCUUUGUGAACGCUCUUAUCGUGAACCCGGCCUUCACGUCCCAGACAAAAGAGCAAUUGACCACCAAAUCCAGCCAGUUUGGUAGCAAGUGUGUUCUGGAAGAAGACUUUUUCAAGAAGAUCUUGAAAACGGAGGUGAUGUCCAACAUUCUGCACUUCGCUGCACAGAAGGCAGAUCAAAUUCUGAAGAAGAGUGAUGGCGGCCGUCGAACCCGGAUGAACAACCCUAAACUGGUAGAGGCCAACAAGGCUGGCACCAGGGAAGGUCAUCACUGCACCUUGAUUCUGACAGAGGGUGACUCCGCAAAGGGUUUGGCCAUGGCUGGCCGAGCCGUUGUCGGUCCAGACCUGUUCGGUGUCUUCCCUCUUCGUGGAAAGCUGCUCAAUGUCCGUGAUGCCUCUUUUGACCAGAUAUCCAAGAACCAGGAGAUCCAGAACAUUAAAAACUUCAUUGGUCUUCAACACAAGAAAGAAUACACUGAAACCAAGGGUCUCCGAUACGGCCAUCUCAUGAUCAUGACUGAUCAGGAUCACGAUGGCAGUCACAUCAAGGGAUUGCUUAUCAACUUCCUUCAGGCGCAAUUCCCAAGUUUGCUGAAGAUCCCUGAGUUCCUGAUCGAGUUCAUCACUCCAAUCAUCAAAGUGUGGAAGGGCGACCCCAAGAAUCCAUCCAAAUCACGGUCAUUCUUCACCAUGCCCGAGUACGAGGAAUGGCUCGAAGCUCACAAGGGCGAGCGUGGCUGGGACCACAAGUACUACAAGGGUCUGGGAACCAGUUCCACAGAGGAUGCGCAAGUCUAUUUCCGGGACCUAGAUCGCCAUCUCAAGGAGUUCCACACCAUGAAAGACAAUGAGGCCGAGCUGAUCGAGUUGGCUUUCUCAAAGAAGAAGGCUGACGAACGUAAAGAAUGGCUACGCCAGUUCAAGCCGGGAACGUAUCUUGACCACUCUGUUUCCAAGAUCUCAUACACGGACUUUAUCAACAAAGAACUUAUCCUUUUCAGCAUGGCUGAUAACCAACGUUCAAUUCCGUCUGUGGUUGAUGGCUUGAAGCCUGGUCAGCGCAAGGUCCUCUAUGCUUGCUUCCGCCGCAAUUUGAAGAAGGAUAUGAAGGUCGUUGAGCUUGCUGGCUUGGUGUCCGGAAUGACAGCUUAUCAGCACGGCGAGACUUCCCUCCAGCAAACCAUUGUCGGCCUGGCCCAAACUUUUGUUGGAUCGAACAACAUUAACUGCCUGGAACCCAGUGGUAACUUCGGAAGUCGACUUCAGGGUGGCAACGACUGUGCUAGCGCUCGUUACAUCUAUACUCGCCUUUCUCCUUUUGCCCGCAGAAUUUUCCAUACUGCAGAUGAGCCGUUGUUGACUUACAACGAGGAUGAUGGCAAGAAGAUUGAGCCUGAGAUCUAUAUGCCUGUAGUGCCGAUGGUAUUGAUCAACGGAGCCGAUGGAAUUGGAACUGGUUGGAGCUCAUCUAUCCCCAACUACAACCCUGUGGACAUCGUGAACAACCUUAAGCGUCUGAUGGACGGGGAGCCAACUCAGCCUAUGCAGCCAUGGUUCCGUGGAUUCACUGGUGAAGUUGUGGAUAUGGGUGGGGACCGAUGGAAGUUCAGUGGUAUCAUCAAGGAAACCGGCGACAAGGAGGUUGAAAUCACCGAAUUGCCCAUUCGUACCUGGACUCAGGACUUCAAGGACAAGUUGGAGGAUAUCAUCAAGGCGGACAAGGUGCCAUCUUUCAUCAAGGACUACAAGGAUUACAAUACCCACGAUAAGGUCCACUUUGUGAUCCAACUUGACGAAAAGAACAUGAAGAGUGCCCUAUCUGAUGGUCUGGAAGAAAGGUUCAAGUUGACCAAGACCUUGGCCACAUCUAACCUGGUUGCCUUUGACCCUGAAGGUCGUAUUACGAAGUACGCUACUGUUGACGACAUUCUCAAGGAGUUCUUCACCAUCCGCCUCAAGUAUUAUGAGCGCCGGAAGCAACAUCAGCUCAAUGAAAUGCAAAAAGAUCUCGAGAAGCUGAGCAACCAAGCACGUUUUAUCCAGAUGAUUAUCGACGGGAAAUUGGUCAUCUCCAAGAAAAAGAAGGCUAUCUUGAUCGCUGAGCUGAAAGAGAAGGGUUUCAAGCCCUUCGCCAAGGUGGCCGACGCUGCGAAACUGGGCGAAGACGAGCCAGCGGUCGAAGGGGAGGAAGAGGAUGAUGCUGAAAUGGAGAUCCUGUCCAGCUCAUACGAUUACCUUCUUGGCAUGUCAAUGUGGUCGCUUACCCAGGAACGUGUUGAGAAGCUCCGUCGUCAAAUUGGGGACAAGGAGACCGAAAUUGACGCACUGAUCAAGCUUUCUAAGGAGGACAUCUGGAGACAAGAUCUUGAUGACUUCAUCCAUGAGUGGCACUUCCAACUUGCGGAUGAGGACCGCCGUCUGCGCAACGCGAUGAAACAGGGUCGUCGUGCCUCGUCCAAGCUGAUGGUAGGCGGAGGUCGUGCUCCCGCUGCGCGUAAGCGCAAGGCUGCCAAUGGCGAUGAUCCCGACGAUGAGGAUUUUGCCGCCCCGAAGUCAAAGAAAACAACUGCAGCAAAGAAAGCGCAGCCGACCAACAGUCUGGCCAAUUUCUUAAACAAGUCCAAUGAAUCGGUAUCCAAACAAAAGCCUGCACCCAGUGGGGAUGGAGCCGGUGAUUCGGAUGACGACUUCGAUUUCGAAAUGGAAGUCAUGCCUAAGAAGAGCCGUGGUGCAGCAAAACCUAAGCCGGAAAAAGAGAGUGAGGGUGAUGCAUUGAUGGACAUCGAUCAGCCACCUUCGCGCGCAUCGGCACAGCCCAAGUCGGAACCUAUCGAUGUAGACCAGGAGCCGGAACCUGCGCCAAAAACAAAGCCCGCAGCGAAACGGGGACCUAAACCUAAGCCAAAGGCACCUGUCGACGAGGAGUCGGACGAUGACUUCCUUGAGAUUGCGAAGAGCGAAUCCUCCAGGCCUGCUGCUCAGUCAGGCCGCUCCCGCAAGCCUGUCAAGUACUCUGCACCCAGCGAUUCGGAAAGUGACGGCGAAGACAUGCUCGGAGAUGUGAGCCAAAUGGUCAAGGGUAUUGGUGGAGGCGAUUCGGAGCCACGAAAGCUCUUCUCAGAGCGUUCUCGCGCUGGAAGCAGUGCGAGUCUGAAGGCUCCUGCUAAAUCACCGUCUAAAUCGCCCUCCAAAGUCAGUGAAUUUGAUCCAGAAGAGACGGACUACAGCAAGCUCAUCCCUCAAAAGUCCCCGCGACGCUCGCUGCAAAUCAAGCCUAAGGAGGUGUCGAGAAUUGAAGAUGACGAGGAAGACGAGGAUGAAGCCCUGGCCAAACUCAAGCCCGCCUCGAAGGCGAAGACUGCAACCAAGGCUGCUCCCAAAGCCAAGGCCGCUCCCAAAGCGGCUGCCGCUGCGCCUGCACCAAAGCCGCGUGGCCGUCCAAAGAAGGCUGAUGCUCCAAAGCCUGCUGCCCAGGCUGCCCCGGCGGCCUUAUCACCCGCUGCUAAGGCUUAUGCUUCGAAGCAGGCCAAGACUGCGAAAAAGGCCGUAGAUGACGACUCGGAAGAUGAUAUUGAUGCCAUGGCGAAUGAUAUCUUGGACUCUCCAGCAGGUAAAGCCAAUGACUCGGAGGAUGACGAGCCUGUCUCGAGACGCCCUGCCGCUCGUCCUUCUCGCCGCACUGCGUCACAGGCAAAAAAGAGCUAUGUCAUUGAAGACGACGAUAGUGAAGAAGAUGGCUCGGCGGAUGAUUUCGAGGAUGACGAAAGUGAUUAA